CAAAUAGAAAUCAAGAUUGAAUUUUUUAUUAUUUUUUUCUGAUAAUCCGUCCUCUUCACAUGAAACCAAAGAGUACCUUCAAAUUAUAUCUUCCUCUUUUUUACUGUUUGCGAGGCAUUUUCCCAUCACCUACCAAUGAUAACUCCACCCUUUCUUCUUCUAAUCUUGCCCCUCAUUCUACUGCCUUGGCCAAGCCAGCAUUUCUAGUUUCUCUUCUGGGUUAGGGUUUUUCUAAGAAGGCAGGGCAAAGGUGGUGCGUGAAAGCACCAUCCCAGCUUAGAUUCAGACUUACAUUUGCCUCUACGGCCUAGACCCAGACACCAAAUCUAACCAAAAUGGCUAUAUAACCGGUUUUCUCAACUGGGUUCAUUUGGGUUUCUUGGGAUGGAUUCUUGCUUGAAAUGGGUUGUUUUGGGCUGAGAUCUGAGGUUUGUGGAGCAAGAAUGGUGAUGGGUUUUCGGAGAUCUGGGAUCUGAAGGCUGUUUUCUACACAUUCUCAACUCAAGAGAGGUGUCUUGACUUCUAAAACAUGGCUAACGAUCUAAAUACUGGACUAUCCAAAAAAACUGCCAUUUUUGGUCUCAAAGUCUGGGAAGUGAUUGGGAUAUUUGUCGGAUUGUUUAUUAUAGUUAUCCUCUCUGCGUUAACAUUUUAUCUUACUUCACGAAAGAAGUCGAGGAAAGCUAGUGACACGUUUCCAUUUAGCCAAAUUCCCACUGUUUCUAAGGAAAUUAAAGAGGUACGGGUGGAGCAAGUGUCCAGAAACGAAUUUGCUCCACAUGAUGGGAUUCUGCUCACCAUUCAUGACAAAUCCAGUGAUAAAGAAUCAGACAAGGUCUUGGUACAUCUAGGCACGGGGAAAAAGAAGAAUGGUGAAAACAGCAGCCAGUCAGGUUCAUUUCAUCAUUUCGAUAAAGAUGGCGCAGGGUCUCUGUCAGGAGAAGAAGGGAGCUCUGCCAACUUUGGUGUGUAUAAGCCUUCUUCUUCCCAUCCAAUAACUGCUCCUUCUCCUCUAGUUGGUCUUCCUGAAUUCUCUCAUUUGGGUUGGGGUCACUGGUUUACCUUAAGGGAUCUUGAACUAGCAACAAACCGAUUUUCAAAGGAGAAUGUCCUUGGUGAGGGUGGAUAUGGAGUUGUUUAUCGGGGACUGUUGAUUAAUGGGACGCCAGUUGCAGUCAAAAGGCUUCUCAACAAUCUGGGCCAAGCAGAGAAGGAAUUUAGAGUGGAAGUUGAAGCUAUUGGCCACGUGCGUCACAAAAAUUUAGUUCGACUCUUGGGAUACUGCAUUGAAGGAACUCAUAGGUUGUUAGUCUAUGAGUACGUCAACAAUGGCAAUUUGGAACAAUGGCUUCAUGGAGCCAUGCGCCAGCAUGGACAUCUUACUUGGGAGGCCAGGAUGAAGAUUCUCCUUGGCACAGCUAAGGCCCUUGCCUACUUGCAUGAGGCAAUUGAGCCGAAAGUGGUACACAGAGACAUAAAAUCAAGCAAUAUAUUGAUUGAUGAUGACUUCAAUGCAAAGGUUUCUGAUUUCGGCCUGGCGAAGCUACUUGGUGCUGGAAAAAGUCACAUCACAACAAGGGUCAUGGGAACCUUUGGAUAUGUGGCUCCUGAAUAUGCAAAUACAGGCCUUUUGAAUGAAAAGAGUGAUGUCUAUAGCUUCGGGGUGGUGCUCCUGGAAGCAAUUACAGGCCGAGAUCCAGUGGACUACGGUCGUCCUGCCCAAGAGGUUAAUCUGGUUGAUUGGCUGAAAAUGAUGGUUGGAAGCAGGCGCUCUGAGGAAGUGGUGGACCCUAAUAUUGAAACCAGGCCAUCCACAAGAGCCCUUAAACGAGCUCUUCUGACUGCUUUGAGAUGUGUUGACCCAGAUUCUGACAAAAGGCCCAAGAUGAGCCAAGUUGUUCGUAUGCUUGAAUCAGAGGAAUAUCCAAUACCAAGAGAGGAUCGAAGGCACCGGAGAACUCAAGCAGGUAGCAUGGUGAUCGAAUCCCAGAAGGAGAAUUACGACACUGACAAGAGCGAAAAUCAAGAUACAAGAUGAGAGAGUGGACACUACAGAGCAGAGCAUAACUGAAUCAUGUCAUUCUUUCAAAGAUCUAGGGAUCGUAUCCUCGAAUGGUAAUGCCUUACUAUUCUUCCAACCUUUCUGAAAUGUCUGGUUUUCCAUCCUAAGCCGAUCUGUAGCAGCUUGUUAAGAAGAGAAAAUAAAGGCAAGGGGCUUGCUUGUGUGAAAGGGGGAAUAGAAGGAAUUCAAUUCUUUCUUCUUUAUCUGUUGUAUUCCAUUUGUGUAUUUAAAGUAGAUGGAGAGAUGAUUGGUUUUUGUAUGGAGGUGUUGAUAUUUGUGCAAACCAAAACCAUUGAGUAUGUGUGUACAGGUUCUUUUAGCGGGCGUUUUCAGUGUAUGAGAGACUCUCUGCUUUGGAAGAUGAUUAAACUGUUGCUCAUU